AUGGCCGAGGCGGAGCUGGGGCUCCGCUUCCAGCGCCGCUUCCUGGCGGCCCGGCAGCUGCGCUCCUUCCCCUGGCCGGAACUGGAACAGAACCUGCGGACUGCGCCGGAUUCCUCCCUACUCGUGGAUAUUCUGCAGAAGACCCUUCUCCACCCUCUGUGUGUAAAAUAUCCUCCUUCCACCAAGUACAGAAGAUGCUUUCUAACGGAACUCAUCAAAAAGCACGAAUCCACAGCAGCUGAACCCCUGGAUGAACUGUACGAUGCGCUGGCAGAUAUUUUAAAUGAAGAAGAAUCUACUCGCUGUUACAAAAACUACUUACUGCCCACGGGAGAAUGUGUUACCCUUUCUGAGAGCGUGGCGAUUAUCUCCGGAGGAACCACGGGGCUCGUCACAUGGGAUGCCGCUCUUCAUCUGGCUGAAUGGGCGAUAGAGAACUCGGCGGUUUUCAGGAACAGGACAGUCUUGGAAUUAGGAAGCGGGAUCGGCUUCACUGGAAUUGCAGUCUGUAAAACCUGCGAUCCCAAGGCAUAUAUAUUUAGCGACUACCACCCCUGUGUUCUCAAACAGCUGACAGAAAACAUCCGUUUGAAUGGCUUCGUCUUGGAGCCUGAAACCACUCGUCAUAUCCAAACGCAGCCCCGAGGCCAGAAGGCAGAGGCAACAAAUUCCCCAAACCCAAAACUAAGAGUUGCAGAACUUGACUGGGGCUCAGUAACAGAAAAACGACUGUUGGAUCUUCAACCCGACGUCAUCGUUGCAGCAGAUGUGGUGUAUGAUCCAGAGAUAACUUUAGCCCUCACUGGUAUGCUACAAAAACUCUCCACAUUCAGAGCGGAUAGAAAACCUCCUGAGGUCUACAUUGCUUUCACCGUUCGUAAUCCGGACACGUAUCAGCUCUUCCAGGCUGAACUGGAUAAAGUUGGGAUCGGAUGGCAGAUUAUUCCAGCCCACAGCAACAGUAUUUUUGUCUAUGACGUGCAGCCAAACGUAACUAUUCUACAGCUAUUUAUAUAGACUUGGCAAAUGUGACAUCAUUAGAAUUUUCAGACCAACAGGAGCUCUCUCAUCCUUGCAACAAGAUUAUCUUGAAUUCUAGAAACGUACAUGAGAGGCACUGAGGGUACAACUAUGUGCAUGGACGGCUGUCAAAGCGAGUUAUGUUUCCUCCUGUAAUUGCCAGCAUGUAUGCAAGCAAGCUGCUGCUCCUUGAAAGUAUCUGUGAACCUCAAGCAAUGGAAAAAAAAAGCCCCAAUCAUACUGCACUUUGAUUCCGUAGAAGACAAUGGAAUUGAACUGUUUUUU